AUGGCGCACCAGAACGGCGGAAAUACGGUCUUGCUGACUGAAGAAGAAUCCCAGCGUAUUCGAACCACCGUACAAGAAACACAAAAGAAAUGUUCAACGCAAAAGGGCAACGCCAGAGAGUUUCGGGAUGCCCACGCUACCGUUAGCCAGGCGACGGGCACCUCUCUCAUGAUGGACAUGGGCCAGAUGACUGGACAGAGUCAGGACACAAUACCAGCUCUCGGCGUUGGUCAGGCUUACCCUCCAAGCACCGCAUCUCUAGAGGACUUGAAGCCCAUGGCAUUUUCCGAACUCACAAUAGACACACAUCACCGUGGUCGUUCUUUGACCGUGAAACGUGCUAGCCGCUGCCCGGUGGUGGCCCUUGCUGCCCGAUCCUGGACCGUAGUCCAAGAUGAGGAAGAAAAGGAGACGGAGCGUUUGGAGAUGGUCCUGCAUAAGACAACAGACGGCGAAGACACCCUCGAGUCGGCACGGCGUUUCGUCAUCAAGGAGCCGUACUUCACCCUGACUGAAGAGGGUGAGGCCACAUUACGGAUCGAUCACCCUUCGGACCUUGUCAUUAUCAGGGAGGAGAUUGUGAAAGGCAGUUUGACCGAGCUCGAAGACGGAGCCAAAGGGGAGGAAAUUGCAAAGAAGUGCAAGGACAAGGGUAAUGCGGCGCUGCAGAAAAAGGAUCUCCCGCUCACUCGGACAAGCUACUCCCAGGGACUCAAGGUUGCCAGGCAAGAGCCUGUCCAGAAGACGAACCCGGACAUCGCACGAGACAUUGCGCGAAACCGGGCUCACGCGCAUCUGCUGAUGGACCGACAAGACGAAGCCAUCGCCGACGCAAAGGCCUCUCUCAUCGGCGCUGACGACCAAAAGUCCAAGGAACUCGACAGCAAGGCCUACUUCCGCGCCGGCAGCGGUGCUUACAACCUCGGCCAGUUCGAGGAGGCCAAGAAGUAUUUUGAAGAGGCCCACAGACUCGCCCCCGCAGAGAGGGGCGCGGCUGUCUACCUGCGCAAGGUCGAGAUGCGGCUUCGCGAACAGGAAAAGGGAUCGUAUGACCUGCAGAAGAUCAGGGCCAACCUCUCCCGAGUCUCUCCACGAGCUGAUGCAGCAACCUUCACAGCCAAGACUGAGGUGAAGGAGAGCAAGGGCCGAGGCCGUGGCUUGUAUGCGACCUGCGAUAUUGCAGUUGGGGAGAUAGUCAUGGCCGAGAAGGCUUUUUGUGUAGUCUGGGGUCACGAAAGCGAGGUUUUGACCGCCAUGACCUAUGAUGUCCGCGACGACAAGAUUAGGGUGGCGCCCGUCGGCUUGACCAAGGCCAUCUCGCAAAAACUCCUGCGCAACCCUUCCCAGAUCGCGAGGGUGCUUGAUCUCUACGGAGACUACCAAGGCGAAGGUAAAACGGUGUCCGAGACGCCAGAGGGCCCGGUAGUCGACGUCUUCCGAAUCCACGACAUUGUCUCUCGCAACGCCUUUGGUCCCGGCGGCCAGUACGGCGAAGAAGGCGCCAGGAACGCGAGCACCGGUCUCUGGGUCUGGGCAGCCUACAUCAACCACUCUUGCAUCGCCAACGCCAAGAAGGACUACAUCGGUGACCUCAUGGUCCUCCGCGCGCUUCGACCGAUUGCAAAGGGAGAGGAAAUCUUCCACAGCUACGAUGAGUUGAGCAACUACGAGGCUAGACAAAAGGCUCUCAUGACGACGUGGGGCUUCGAGUGUAACUGUGCGCUCUGCUCCGGCGAGAGGACCGACGACGCCAAGUUGCGCCAGAAGCGGCACAUGCUGGUCAAUGACGCGGAUGACUUUGUUUCGACGACGCACUGGACCAACGCGAAGAGGAUCACCAUUGCCAAGGCUCAGCGUCUGGCGAGAGAAAUCGAUGCGACGUAUGAAGACAAGAAGUACGAGGGCGUGCCUCGCCUGGCAUCGGAGAGAGUUCGGGAAUGGCUCACAAAGGCAUCUCCUCGCAAGUGA